ACGACGACUGCGAAACGGGUCUGCACGCGCGCGUUCGCUGCAUAAAUCGAACGUCCUUCGCGAGCGCGCGAGAGAGGAGAAGCCCGAAGACCAAUUAAGAUUUUCGUGGUGCGCUCUUGCUCCCCAGCGGGCGGAUUAUUACCUGACACAUAACUCAAAUCCCCUUUUCAGCGAUGCGCCCAGUAAUAAUACCGGGAACUUCGUUUCAGUUAUAAUCAGCCGGCGCACCACAUCCUGGUUACCAUGCCGUACUACAACAGUGGCCACAGCCCCGCUUACAACAAAGACGGCGGCUCCAGCGGACCGUCCAGCACUUCUGGCGGCCGCGCCAGCAGCUCGGAGCCGACGUAUAUGAUGGAGCAUCUGGCCACGUUUACCGUCACGAAGGAAACCGGUAUUGUUUAUCCGGCGGACGGUAUGCGCCGACUUUUGCAGCUGGAGAAAAGCAACGGCAUCUGGAGUCAAAAAAUGCAGCUCCGUCUGGAGCGAAACUGGGUCCUUAUCAUGGACAACGAGACGGGGGCCGUCAUGGAGCGGUUCCCGGCUUCGUUAAUUCAGGAACCGACGGCGUUCACGUCGCGGGAUCCCAUGGAGAUGUACAACAACAUCCUUGUCUUCACCGUGGCCGACGACAGCGGUUCCGGCCAGCGAGCGGAAAUGCACAUAUUUCAGUGUCAGAGCGUGUCGGCGCAGGACCUCGUCGAGGACCUGAAAAUGCUGCAGAUGGGAAAAUUGGUGACGGGCGGUUCGCCCAGAGGCCCGAGAGGUCAUAUCCCACCCCCGCCUGCUUUACCGCCCCCGGAACCGCCUCUGAACGGCGUCAACGUUAGGGAACAAGUGUCCGCCUUCAACGCGGCUAAUGCGGACGGUCAGAACGACAUAUCGCGGGAGGAGAACAACGACGAGGUGUCGUCGACGUCCUCGGAAAAGUACGAGCGCGACGUGACGAUUCUGAAUCAUUGCUUCGACGAUAUCGAGAAGUUUAUCGCGCGUUUGCAACACGCCGCCGCCGCGUCCAGGGAGCUGGAACGCCGGCGGCGCAACCGCAAAUCGAAAAAGAGAAACCUGGGCGACGGCAUGCUAACGAUGAGAGCGAAGCCGCCACCCGAAAUGGAGUUCAUCGACAUCUUCCAAAAGUUUAAGCUUUCCUUCAAUCUGCUGGCCAAGCUCAAGGCGCACAUUCAUGACCCUAACGCGCCUGAACUCGUGCACUUUCUCUUCACCCCGCUUGCGCUCAUCGUGGACGCUUCUCACGACACCAAUUAUGAUCCAAACUUGCCGAGCAAAGUGGUAUCACCACUCCUCACUCGCGAGGCGGUCAAUCUGCUGAUAAACUGCGUCACCAGCAAGGAAACCGAACUCUGGCACUCGCUGGGCGACACGUGGUUGAUACCGCGCGAUCAAUGGAAGGGCCACGUGCCGCCGUAUCAUCCGAUCUUUAUGGAUGGCUGGUCCCCGGAGUAUUCCAUCCCGGAGGACCGCGACCACGAUCAUUUGGCGUCUCUGUUGAACGCCGACAAGCAGAAGAGGGACGAACUGCCAGAGCAGCAGAAUGAUCCCUAUUACAAUCACCGUGACGUGGACGAGUCGCACUACAGCAGCGACUACCUGGAGUACGAGAGCCGCGAGGAACGCGGCGGUAACGAAUACUUUGACAGGAAUUAUGGGCCAAGUUCGGAGCUGUACGGCAGGGAGGAGCGCGCGGAUCAGACCAGGGCGCACAGCGACAUUUCCGUGGACUCGAUCGAGAGAGCACCACGCGCGGCCGCCGGCAUGGAAAGAGCGCAGGAAGCUUGGUUGGACGAGCUGGUGGCUCGCCACGCUAAAAUCGUACAGGUCACCUAUCCACGCACCGCGAACAACGACAAGGAGCUGACGGUGGUUAGAGGCGAGUACCUAGAAGUCCUCGACGACAGCAGGAAAUGGUGGAAAGCAAGGAACUCGCGGGGACAAGUCGCUCACGUGCCGCAUACCAUCGUUACACCGCACAAUCCCGCCCAUUCCGCCGAUAAUGAUGUCUUCAACAAUCCUCUGUACACUAGCAGAUACCCGCGGCAGGGGCACGGCUAUAAUUAUGAGGAUUCAGAGAUCGAGAGAACCAGCACUAGUCCAGGCCCAGAAGCCACUCAUCGAACACAUGCGAUCCCGCCGCCGGCGCCUGCUGAUUGGGUGAGAAAGGAAAGACUCGGCAAAAAAGAUGAAGUCGUCGUGUACAAUGAAACCGCAGCAGUUGUUAACGGCGCUUCCUCCGUCGAAAGCGCCCAAAUGCCCAACAGAAACCUCAACACGUCUCAAAGCAUUGUGGAAGUGCACCCGCCACCCCGUAACAUCACUUCGGAUGUGAUAGUCGAAAAGCCAUCUGCACCGCUCCCUCCACAGACAUUGCCGUCAGCACCGGCGUUACCCGUGCCAGCGUUGCCUGCACCUCCAGUAACCCUGGCACUACCUGCACCCGCAUUAGCAUCGACUCCAUCAACGGUACCAACUUCGCCGCCCCCGCCGCCUCCGCCGCCUCCGUCGACCCCACUGACUUCUGCCCCGCCGCCUCUUCAAACUCAGAAAUCCACGACGUCAAUUACGUCCACAAGCAGCAAAAACAACGUUAGCAGUUUAAAGCAGGUUCACGAGGAGCUCAAGUUUGUUCUAACAAUGUUCCGGGAAAAGAAAGCGAACCCGCCUAGUGACAACACGCAGCAGGAGAUUUGGCUGAAUCAGCACUCGACUCCGCAAGAUGUCCAAGCUUGGUUAGCAGCCAAAGGAUUCUCAGAGAAAAUUUGCAAGCAGUUUGAAAACAUGAACGGUACAGAACUGUUCAAUUUAACCAGGCGUGAAUUGGAAAAAUAUUGUGGCUUGUCCGAGGGAAGCAGACUCAACGGCCAAUUGACCUUAGCGAGGAAUGAAAGCGGGUACAAAACUGCACGAUCGUCAGAACUCAAGCAGAUUCUGGAGAAAGCACGCCGACGAGCGGAGGAGUUAAAUGACAAGGAUGAAGUUAAACAGUGAAUCGCCGUUCUUCGUAUACCACGUGCGAAUGUGGAAUGUCGCGAAUUAUUCAAUUAAGCAAUAUGCGCGAUUACACGAUGACCGUGAAUUUAAGAGAAAAGAUACCCCACGGAAGGUAGAAUAAAAUACAUGGUAUUCUUUCUUAAAUUAUUCAUAGAAAAUUGCCAGAACGAGAAAUACCGUUCAACUAUUUUAUUUUACCUUGCACUUUGUGAUAAUAUCAUUUACUGCGAAUUGAAGCAAUACGCAUGCCAAAGAAUUUUAGCAAGCCAGAGAGCAUGCCCUAAGAAUUACCUGUGAUUUUUCUUUUUUUCCUUUUUGUUUGAAAAUGCGAGCAAUAUUAUCUAUAUUAUCUACUGCAUUUUAACGAACUUACUCAUAGAUAGGUAGUUUCUCGGUACGCUACUCGAGUCGAGGACUCUAUUAAAGCAUUUAAUUUGAUAUAAAUUGUACAUAUAGAAUACAACUACUAGAAUCGCCUUAGUAGUCGACGGAAAUGUAUGAUAUAAUAUUAGAGAAAAAAAAAGAGAAUACGGCAUUCGUAUUAUGAGUUAAGUUUGAUUAUCGCGCUAAGAAAGUAUGCUGUCAGACGGUACUGAUAUUAGAAAUCGGUAAUUAAAAAGAAAACGUAUGUAAUCUACGUUUGUAUGACGUAAUAGUAGUCGAAAGUUUCUAUUAUAACCGCAAAAUAAAUCGUCAAUAUAACAGAAA